AUGCCUCCACGCUUGAGCACUUUGAAAACUGCCAUUAGGGCAAGAUCAAAUCCCUCUCCAAGAUCAUUUGUUAGAUUACCAGUGGAAAGGCCCAUCGAUGAGGAGACGUUACCUCACUACGACCCCGAACAUUUCUACCCCGUACACAUUGGAGAUGUAUUCGAUGGUAGGUAUCGGGUCACCGGAAAGCUUGGUUUCGGUGCCUCCUCGACAAGUUGGCUAUGUCAGGAUCUUGGAAGUCAAAAGUUUGCAGUGCUGAAGGUGUCUACAUCGCUACAAAAGUUCUCCACCGCGACCGACCGCGAGUUUGGGCUCUACGAGCACCUCGCGAAAAUCAAAUCGACACACCCAGGACAAUCACUAAUCCGAGAGCUCUAUGACUCCUUCGAGCUCCAGGGUCAUGCUGGUAAACACCGGUGCUUAGUCCUUCAACCGAUGCAUAUGACGAUUCUUGAGAUGAUGAGAUUAAAUCCCAAACCCUUUGACCUACCCCUUCUCAAAAUGACACUGCGACGGCUACUAUUGGCGCUUGAUUUUCUGCAUACCGAAGCCGACACCAUCCACACUGAUCUGAAGACCGACAAUCUGAUGCUCAGCCUGGAGGACAGUACAAUGCUAGCUGAUUUUGCGGCUGAAGAGGUCAGGAAGCCAAGUCCUCGAAAAAUAAUUGACAAAUCGCGUACUAUAUACCAGAAUCGACAAUUCCGCCCUCCCUUUAGAGGGAAGAACUUCGGUCUGCCUAUUCUUUGUGAUUUUGGGCAGGCAAGGACUGGAAGGAAGACACACGAGUCCAGCUCUUUUGUACAGCCAAAUAUCUAUCGAUCUCCAGAGAUCAUAUUUGAGAUGCCCUGGGGAAGCGCUGUUGAUAUCUGGAACCUGGGGUCUCUGAUUUGGGAUUUAUUCGAAGGACAUCAUCUUUUUGGGGAUAUUUUCGAUAAUAAUGGCAACUAUGAGCCAUAUAAGCACCUCGCAUUAAUGGUCGCAUUGAUCGGGGCACCGCCGGCUGAUUUUAUUCGGCGUAGUGAAACAACAGGGCAGUGCUUUGAUCAUAAUGGCGCUUGGAUUGCUCAUGAAGAUGCAGCUGUGCCGCCGACUUCCCUGGAAAGCCUAGAGACUCGACUUUCCGGCACUGAGAAGGAAUCUUUUCUUCAUUUUCUUAGAUCCAUGCUCAAGUGGCUACCGGAAAAACGCAGGACCGCGAGGCAGCUGCUUGAUGAUCCAUGGCUGCUCUGA